AUGUCAGAGAGAGAUUUGAGGAGAAGGAUCACUGCGUACCGUAGAGCUAAUAGCAGAAGCAGAACCGGAAAAUCAUCGCCAUCGCCGGCACCGUCGCGGUUAAAAUUUCGGAGUAGUAGGCCACCGGUUGAUGUCCGGUCGAGGAAGUCAUCGGAGAACUUGAGGAUUUUGCAGAGAUCCAAGUCAGAGCCGUUGCUAUGGAGAGCUGGAUGUGGAGAGGAUGAUCGGAGCUUGACGCCGUUGACUCAGAUAGAUGUAGGAGUGCUUUACCGGCCGCAGACGUGCACUGAUAUAUUCUCCUCACCGGAGAAUUUGGUGCCUCGGUCUCCAAAUUUCGAGAGGUACAACAAAGACUCCAAGGUUGUGGUUAAUGUAACAUUUGAGGGAAGUCCUGGACCAGUCCGAACAAUGGUGAAAUUAGGAUCCAGUGUUGAGGAGGUGAUAAAGCUUGUGGUUAGAAAGUACAACUCGGAAGGCCGCACUCCACGUCUGGAUAAAGAUUUUGCUUCAAGAUGUGAAUUACACCACUCGUACUUCAGCCUUCAAUGUUUGAACAAGUCGGAUGUAAUUGGGGAUGUCGACAGCAGAAGUUUUUACUUACGAAAGCGUAGCAAUGAUCAAGGUGAAAGUUCUCUAAACACAGACAUCAUCCCUAUGAAUGCGAACAAUGAUCUUCCUUUCAUUCCAAGUUUCGUUGGCCGGCAUAUGAACAAAAUUGUUAGAAGAACACGAAGACUUUGGAAACUUUUAGGAUGCAUCUAA